AUGUUGUGCUGCUGGUCUGCUGGUGCUGGUCCUGCUGGUGCUGGUCCUGCUGCUGCUGGUCCUGCUGGUGCUGGUCCUGCUGCUGCUGGUCCUGAUGGUGCUGGUCCUGCUGCUGCUGGUCCUGAUGGUGCUGGUCCUGCUGUUGAUGUCCCUGCCACUCCUGCCGUGCCUGCCCCUGCCCACGUCGCGUCUCGUCAUGGAGUUGAUAACUUAGAGGAAAAGGCUCAGUUCAAUGUUCAGGAAUUUUUAGCAGCCCCCUCCAUCCAGUUUUGUCUGAAAACCACUCAGUCUAGAGCACAGUGGAGCGCUUUAGCAGAGGCAUGUAGUGGUUAUGUGCUACUAUUGGAGAAGAGUCUCACAGGAGAUUCAAUUAUUUUGAAGGGUAUAGGAGGAGAGGAAGUAACCCCUAUAUGCCGCCUACACCUGUCAUGUGAAUUGGUGACAGGGAAUGUUGAUUUUGCUGUAAAGAACUCACUGGCUGUGGAAGGUGGAAGUGAGGUUUCCCAUAGUGCUGACCAAGAAGAGAUUUCCCAAGAAGAUGAGGAAGACGGCGACGAAGAAGAAGAACCUGAUGUUCCUGAAGAGACUCCGAGUAGUCAAAGUGUUGCUGAAGACAGUAGUGAAACUACAGCAGCUGAGUUAACAGAUAUUGAGAAUUCAACCCUUGAAGUUGGUCAAGUAGCCCCUUCCAUCCAAGUUUUGUCUGAAACCACUCUGACUAAGGCACCGUGGAGCGCUUUAGCAGUAGCAUAUGGUGGUUAUGUGUCUACUAGUAUGGUAAAGGCACAAAUAAGAUAUAUUGCUAUGGAAUCAUUGAUAAGCUCUGGUAGUAUAACUGAUGAAGAUGAGUUAGAAUUGGCUCAAGAGCUGUUGAACGUAGCACGUGCUGAUCUCAUAAAUAAAAUAGGCCAGGAAGAAAUUGCUGCAGACAAUGCAGAUGUGGAAUCCACAUCUGCAUACGAACUUGGAUAG